AUGGAUAUGGAUGGACACAUGCACGGAAUGGAUGGGAUGGCGUCGGCCCCUGCAAAUGGCACCAUGAAGCAUCACAAGAUGAUGAUGAUGCACAUGACCUUCUUCUGGGGUAAAGAUGCAGAAAUUCUGUUCCAAAAUUGGCCCGGGGGUAAAUCGGGAAUGUACAUCCUGGCCCUAGUUUUCGUCUUCCUCAUGGCGGUUUUCGUUGAAUUGCUCUCUCACACCAGAUUCCUCAAACCCGGUUCGAACCACAUCCUGGCCGGUCUCAUCAAAACACUCUUGCACGUUUUCAGGGUUGGUCUCGCUUAUCUGGUAAUGCUUGCACUCAUGUCUUUCAACGGCGGCGUUUUCUUGGCUGCCGUUCUAGGUCACGCCUUGGGCUUUUUCAUUUCCACAGUUGCUUUCAACAACAAACCACCGCUUCAAGAUGAGACUUUUGAUCUUCCUCCAAAUUCUUGUUAA